CAGCGAACAGCUGCACACAGCUUCUUCUCAUCUCGCCUUCGGACUCCACGCCUGUAUCUCGCAAACGACCAAGCGAUCCGUCCUAAAACCUGGCCGCUCUCGUAAACUCCAGUGCAGACGGGUCCAAUAUUUACCCCCUUCUUGUUCCUCCCCCACGCUAGCUAAAUCCAAUCUUUACCUCUUCGGUACAUAGUUGCUAGCUGCAGGCAGGGUGUACUUUUGCUAGUACUCCGUACGUACGAGCACGUAGACAGGCAUGCGACCGGACCGGCCAUUCCUGCCGCCGCCACAUCCAUCGCUGCCGCAAGCAACGGCAGCGGACAUGGAGUUGCCCGCCAGGCUGCCGUCGCCGAUACUGAAGCACUCGCCGUCAGCCUCGGCGAUGACGUCGAGGUCGCUGCGGGACACGUCGUCGGUCACCUUCGCAGCCGACAGUAUCCGGUCGCGCUCCUCCAAGCCAGAAUUCAUUUCCACCUCGCCGUACUCGUCGUUCGAGUCCGAGAGCUUCCGGACCGCCCGGACGUCGAGGCCGUCCGCCAGCGUCGUCUCGCGGUCAUCCACGAGACGGUCCGCGUCCGAGCGCGCCGGCGGCUCGCAGCGCGACCUCCGCGACGAGGACGCGCGCUUCGUGUACAUCAACGACGAGCCGCGCACGAACGCGCCGCCGGCCACGUUCCCGGACAACUCCGUCCACACGACCAAGUACUCCGUGCUCACCUUCCUCCCGCGGAACCUCUACGAGCAGUUCCACCGGGUGGCCUACGUCUACUUCCUCAUCCUGGCGGCGCUGAACCAGGUCCCGCAGCUGGGCGUCUUCUCCCCGGCCGCGUCCGUCAUGCCGCUGGCGAUCGUGCUGUCCGUGACGGCCGUCAAGGACGCGUACGAGGACUGGAGGCGGCACCGGUCCGACAAGAAGGAGAACAACCGCACGGCGUGCGUGCUGGACCCCGCGGACGGCGUGUUCCGGCCCAAGCGGUGGAAGGAGAUGCAGGCCGGGGACGUGGUGCGCGUCGUGGCCGACGAGACGAUGCCGUGCGACAUGGUGCUGCUGUCCACGAGCGACCCAACCGGCGUGGCCUACGUCCAGACCAUCAACCUCGACGGCGAGUCCAACCUCAAGACGCGCUACGCCAAGCAGGAGACCAUGCUGCGCACCACGCCGCCCGAGGCGCUCGCGGGGGCCGUCAUCAAGUGCGAGAAGCCCAACCGCAACAUCUACGGCUUCCUCGCCACGGUCGACCUCGACGGCCGCCGCGCCGUCUCCCUCGGCACGUCCAACAUAAUGCUCCGUGGCUGCGAGCUCAAGAACACGGCCUGGGCCAUCGGCGUCGCCGUGUACACCGGCCGGGACACCAAGGUCAUGCUCAACAGCUCCGGCGCGCCCUCCAAGCGGAGCCGCCUCGACAUGCACAUGAACCGUGAGACCAUCGCUCUCGCCGUCAUCCUGGUGAUCCUCUGCUCCGUCGUGUCUCUCCUCGCCGGCAUCUGGCUGGGCGACCAUGACGACAUGCUCGGCGUCAUCCCGUUCUUCCGCAAGUACGAUUACUCCAACGAUCGCCAAGGAGUCGGCAAGUACAACUGGUACGGCACGGGCGCGCAGGUGGCGUUCACGUUCAUGAGCGCCGUGAUGCUGUUCCAGGUGAUGAUCCCCAUCGCGCUAUUCAUAUCCAUGGAGAUCGUCAGGGUGGGACAGGCCUACUUCAUGGUGCAGGACAAGCACAUGUUCGACCAGCAGAGGCAGGCCAGGUUCCAAUGCCGGGCGCUCAACAUCAACGAGGACCUGGGGCAGAUCAAGUACGUCUUCUCCGACAAGACCGGCACGCUCACGGAGAACCGGAUGGAGUUCCGCUGCGCCAGCGUGCACGGCCGCGACUUCAGCGACACCGAUGGCGGCCAGGAGGACGGACAUGCCGUGCUAGCGGACGGCGUGGUCCUGAGGCCGAAGACGGCGGUGAAGACGGACGAGAAACUGCUGGCAAUGCUCAAGGACGGGACGGGCGCCAAGGCCGGCCGCGCCCGGGACUUCUUCCUCGCGCUGGCCACCUGCAACACCAUCGUGCCCAUCGUCCAGGACGCGGCCGACGACCCGGCGGCGAAGCUGGUGGAGUACCAGGGCGAGUCGCCGGACGAGCAGGCGCUGGUGUACGCCGCCGCGGCGUACGGGCACACGCUCGUGGAGCGCACCUCCGGGCACAUCAUCGUACACGUGUUCGGCACCAGGCAAAGGUAUGGAACACAUCCCUCGACCCUCGGCGUACCCAUCUGGCCAUAAAUUCUUGCUUCUGAUUGCAUCGCUGUUGCUGAAAUUAAUUUGUUUUGCCUCUGAUUUGACUGCAUUUUUCUUUUCUGGUGGAAAUUGCUGUGUGUUUGUUUGUUGAUUGAGCCCCAUGUGGGAUUUGCCGAUUUGGGAUUGUGAGUUUGUGAUAGGAUCGACGGUGACAUGGAUAGGCAGACGUGAGAUAGUACUCCUAGUAGAGAUUAGAUUGUACCGAGUGAGACGAGGCGAAA